CCACUGUAAAAAAAACUCCCUUAUUUUUUGUCCCUUUCAUAAAGUGAGCACACCAAGGCUCAGGGAGAACGGGUUUUUUGGGUCAGUUUUGGAGAAGACUUCAGACUUGAAACAGCGAUGGCGCCCUCACUCCUCCAGGCCUACAGGAGGCGCUGGUGGAUGGCGGUGACGGCGGUGCUGGAGAACCUGCUGUGUUCUGCGGUGCUCCUGGGCUGGGGCUCCCUGCUCAUCAUGCUCAAGAGGCAGGGCUUCUACUCCCACCUCUGCUCAGAGAACGAUUCAGUAGUAGUGUCCUUAGGCAACUCCUCUGGGGGGGAGGUGGCUGAGUGGCUUACCUGUGUGGACCAGGAAGAAAUGCUGAAUCUCGGCUUCACCAUUGGCUCUUUCUUGCUCAGUGCCACCACCUUGCCCCUCGGCAUCUUGAUGGACAAGUAUGGACCACGCCCUAUCCGCCUCGUGGGCAGCUUUUGUUUUGGCCUCUCCUGCAUCAUGAUGUCGGUGUCGGCGUACGACCCCGGCGUGCUGUCAGCGCUCAUCUUCCUGGCUCUCUCCUUCAACGGCUUCGGGGGAAUCUGCCUGACCUUCACAUCACUCACGCUCCCCAAUAUGUUUGGCAGUCUGAGCUCUACUGUCAUGUCUCUGAUGAUCGGAUCCUACGCCUCCUCGGCCGUCACCUUCCCCGGAGUCAAGUUGAUCUACGAGGCAGGCGUGUCCUUUCAGGUGAUCAUGUGGAUGUGGGCAGGCCUCGCAGCGUUUGUCUUCUUCAACUGUUUCAUCAACUGGCCAGUAGAGGGCUUCCCCACACCUGAUGAGGUUGACUACAGUAAGAUCAUGACUCUGCAAGACCUGCCCUCAGAAGACCAGAAAGGGGCAGAAAACAUGCCGAGCCAGAAAAAUGGGGACGUCAAACACUCGGUGGAGAAAAUCCCCAACGGGUCAGAGGCCGCUCCCAAUUCCAUUCCAUUCCGCCGGUCAGUCUUCUCCCCCAUCUUCCUGUGGAGUCUGGUCACCAUGGGGAUGUCCCAGCUGAGGAUUAUCUUUUUCAUGGGUGCAAUGAACAAGAUGCUGGAGUUCAUGGUCACCCACGGCGACCUGCACCCAUCCGAGGAGCUGGUGACUGAGGCAGAUGAGAAAGUGAGUUUCUAUUCGUCCAUCUUCGGCACACUGCAGCUGCUGUGCCUGGUCACCUGUCCUCUGAUUGGUUACAUCAUGGACUGGAAGAUGAAGGAGUGUGAGGAGGAGAACAGCCCAGGAACAGAGAAAAAACAGCCCAGCGGGCACAAGAGAAACCGUAAAAUCCAGAAGGUGACCAAUGCCAUGAGGGCCUUCAUCCUUACCAACCUGCUGCUGCUGGCCUUUGGAAUAUGCUGUCUGAUUGAAAACUUGCCUCUGCAGAUCCUGACAUUCAUUCUUCACACCAUGGUCCGAGGCUUCAUCCAUUCCUGCUGCGGGGGCCUCUAUGCUGCUGUCUAUCCUUCCAACCACUUUGGUACGCUGACAGGCCUGCAGUCCAUGAUUAGUGCUGUGUUCGCACUGCUCCAGCAGCCUCUCUUCAUUGCUAUGGUCGGCCCGCUGAAGGGCGACCCCUACUGGAUCAACGUGGGUCUGAUCAUUUUCUCGUUGGCUGGCUUCCUACUCCCGGGUUACCUCCUCUACCACCGUGGAAAUCUGGUGGCGCAUGAGGCCCCGGGCCAGGAGACGCUGGCUCUGCACUGCCCGGAGGCCAACGGCUACAAAUACAACAUCAAUGGCCACAGUGCGGUGAAGGAUUAGAGAACGUUAUCAUGCAGCUUAGAAGUCGGGGGAAUUGUGGGAUUUAUUCAAAAUGAGCACCAGCAAUGCAGGCACCAGACUACGUUUUUCUUUCUUUCUUUUCUUUUCUUUUUUAUCUUUGUUGUUGCUCAUUUUGCACACCACAAACUCAGUGGUCUCAAAACAAAGUAGG